UAAUUUGAAUCACCCAAGAAGAAAAAUUCAAACCGGAAACCCCUCCUUUCACCAAGGUGAAAAUUAAGUUUGUAAUUAAAAAUUAUAAAUGUGUCGUAAGUAAGUCACCAUACUAAUAAGUAAUUUCAUAUGCUUAAAGAAGAAUAUUGACUUUUUUAUACGAUAUCGAUUUAAAUUUUCCAGUCUCUCGCAGGUCAUAUUUUUUUGAUUGACAAAUAUCUCAUGACAUAUAACAUGAUAAGACGUUAAACUAUCAUGUUAUUCUCAUUUGGAAUUUGGAUCUGUCCAUUUGAUAUCCCAUUUCCUUGAGUUCAUCAUAGCUAUAAAAACAUUCUGAGGUAUGUCAACAAAGAUUGUACACUUUGACUCGUAACCAGACUUGAUUGAGGGGCCAUUACGCCUUCUUGACCCUGCAUAGCCGCGGUCCGGACUCUAACUGACCAUCAGAUCAAUGUAUAUGGGAAUAUGUUCUUGGUUUCCCUUUCGGGGAACAAAGUUGUGUGAGUAGUGCAGGUGAACGUGAAAGUCUCUCAACUUGUGGAGUACUACAGUUUUCUCUCUGCUUCACUGCUCAACAUUUUCCAGCCUGUUUAUUAAUUUAUAACAUAUUGUUAAGACAGUAUGAUAGUUGACGGCACAAUGACCACAUCGCAACGUAUGGUUUCAUUAGGAGACGGUACUUAUACAACAGAAAAAUCUGAAGACAGUCCAAAAAGAGACAAAUGGGGAAAUCACGUGGAAUUUUUCCUUGCUACAAUGGGUAUGGCCGUCGGUGUUGGAAAUAUAUGGCGGUUUCCGUACAUAUGUAACAUAAAUGGUGGAGGAGCAUUUUUGAUCCCGUUUGUUAUAUUCCUGGUAACAUGUGGAUUACCACUGUAUUUAUUGGAACAAUCCAUGGGACAGUUCACAGGCAGAAGUCCGGUUCAAUCCUGGGAAGUGUGUCCAUUGUUCAAGGGUGUUGGCUAUGGUAUGUUAGUUGUAUGUUUCACGACCACUGUGCACUAUAAUAUGAUUAUGGCAUGGACACUAUACUACCUCUCACAAUCAUUCUAUACAGAAUUACCGUGGACAACCUGUGGGAAUGAAUGGAACACAGACAAAUGUACAACGUUAAGCGGCAUUAAAAACAAAACUGAGUAUAAUACUUCCGUGAGCUUUAAUAAUGGGGGCAAUGGAACAACGUCCUACUUAGUACAACUGAACACUUCCAUCCAUUCGAAAGGUUCUGCGUCUGCAGAAGAAUUUUGGAGGUAUGGUAUUCUUGAUAUAUCUUCUGGUGUGACAGAGAUAGGUGGCAUCAAAUGGCAGUUAAUUGUGGUAUUUAUCGUUGCCUGGAUCGUGGUAUUUCUGUGUAUGUUCAAAGGUAUCAAGUCUGUUGGUAAGGUCGUGUAUGUCACGGUACUGCUACCUUAUGUUCUGUUAUUUAUCCUGCUAAUCAGAGGGGUCACACUGAAGGGAUCAUUAGAUGGUAUUUUAUAUUUCCUGAAACCAGAUUUCAACAAACUUCUUGAACCAAAGGUUUGGGUCCAGGCUGCAGUUCAAGUGUUCUUUUCAUUAGGACCAUGUUACGGUAGUCUGUUGACUUUAUCCAGUCACAACCCCUUUCAUAAUAAUGUUCUGAGGGAUUCUAUCGUGCUGCCGUUAAUCUGUGAAGGUACCAGUCUGUUUGGUGGAAUAGUUAUAUUUUCUGUACUGGGUUUUAUGGCUCAUGAAGUCGGUGUGGGAGUUGGUGAAGUUGUUGAUUCAGGUAGUCCAGGCUUAGCUUUUGUAGUUUAUCCACAAGGAAUAGGAAAGAUACCCAUCCCACAGCUCUGGGCGGUAAUGUUUUUCCUAACUUUAUUUUCCAUUGGUUUGGAUUCGCAGUUCUGUUUCAUAGAAGCAAUAUUCACAGGCAUGCUCGAUACAUACCCAAAAUUUGUAGCAAAGAGAAAAGUACUCCUGAAAGUUAUAUUUUGUGUGAUUUACUUUUUGGUCGGUAUUCCAUUGUGCACAAGGGCUGGCAUAUAUGUAUAUCAAUUAAUUGAUUGGUAUUGUGUUGCGAUAUCGUUAUUUGUAUUUGGUUUAAUAGAAUGUAUAGUAAUAGGAUGGAUCUACGGUACCGAGCGAUAUGAGAAUGAUAUCAAAUCUAUGAUUGGUCGAAAACCACCAGCAUUUUUUCGAAUUUUCUGGAAAUAUAUCACGCCUGUUAUCUUAGUGGCGAUAAUGAUAUCCACCUUUUUUCUGUAUUCUCCACCAUCCUAUGCUGGUUACCAUUAUCCUCGAGGUGCUGAAAUAUUUGGUUGGAUCUAUGCAUCGAUUCCUCUCAUUCCUGUUGUAUUUUUUAUGGUCAAAGCAAUUUAUUCUGAAAAAGGAUCAUUUCUUGAG